GUUAAUUAUUAUUACUAUUAUUAUUAUUUAUAAUUUUCAACAAAAGAAAAAAAUAUAAAUAAAUUCAGAAUAAAAAGGUAAUUAGCGACUUUGACAGCAAUGUCAAAGCUCAAUAUGUCGUUAUCGAUGACAAGUCGGGAAUUGGAGGGGAUAAAAAUGAGCUAGUGGAAUAUCUUUGGGUUACAAAAUAGCUGAUGCAGAGGUGGUUAAGCCAAUGGGAAAAGUAGGUCAGUUAUUUUAUCCAAUAGGAGUUAUAGAGGGAGAUCACGUGGGUUUGUUGUUAUCUAUCAGCUGUUUGAAUCCUGGUGGUGGCCCGGGUGAACGGUGGCGGCCGUGGCGGGCCGGCCGGCGGAGUGAAAGCCGCGAUCUAACGUUGGCUCAGUCCCACCCGGUCGCUCUCAGCUGUGCGUCACAUGGUGAUACCAUCAACAGACCAUACAUUGAUACUCGGCCUCAACGUUUUGUGUUGACUUAGCCGUCGUCGCCGGUUAUUUAAAUACCUGCUUUUAAAAAAUUAUUAUUUAUUUUUAUUUUAAAUAUUAUUACUUGAUUUUUUUUUUUCUUUUUAUAAAUAUGGAUACAGACUCGUUGAUAAAACACUGAGUGGACUUGAAAAUAAUAAAUUUAAUUUGUUAUUUAUUAUUAUUUAAAAAAAAAAAAAAAAAAAAAAAAAAAAAAAAAAUAAUAAGAAAAUAAGAAAAUGUCAACAGGAAAGCGGUUGGCUAAACGAAGUAUUAUCGGGACGCGUGUUUGUGCUCCGGGUAAUGAUGGAAAAUAUUAUAGUGGAGUUAUCCAUGCGGUGAAAACUCCAGCCUCGACGAUGGCUGGUACUGAGUCCGCUGGAUUGAGAAUCACUCCGAAAACAAGAUACUCUGUGAGAUUUGAUCCGGUCCCGAAUAACCUUGAGCCCGGUAAUGAAAGACCACCGAGUCCGAGUACUGAAUACGCUGACAGGGAUCUAAUUGGUCCGGGUUUCGGGUCAGUUACCAGCGCGAGACUGGUACCUGGACAAAGAGUUUAUCUUACGUACAAUGGACGCGAAGUAAAUGCUCAGGUUACGGAGCAUAGAAAAAAGCUGGAAGAAGUUGACGUUGUCUUUGCGCCUAAUGGUCAGGAGGGAACAAUGAGACUGACAAAGCGCAUUGACGAGAUCCGUCUCUUGGAAUCGCGAAAGAGCGCACGAUUAGCGGAUCAAGACACAGACUUCGCUCGGCUUGCAGAUAUGGCCGGCGACCGCAAACGCGCCUCCUCUCACUCAAUAGACGUGCCACACGUACCGGGAUCACGAAAACGGCGACCAAGUUCCGGAAAUGAAUCGGAUCGGAGUUCAUACGGAAAUAGCUGGGCUCCAGAGAACGGAAUGAAAAUCGGAUUUCAUCACAACUGCUUCAAAGAUGAACACGUUGGAUGCGUAGCAGAGUGUACAGCAGCUAUGGUAUUAAUGUCGCUAUCAAAUUCACCCCACAGUCCUCAUUAUUCCCUACAGCAUCACUCAUCAGCUCACUGCCAAUUCUCCAGCAACAAUCGAAUGGGGGAGAGUGCGAUCGUCGGCACGCCAUCCAGCAGCAGCAACAGCAGUUGUGACGCUUCAUGGCGAACUGGCACACCCUCGCCGACUCUAAGUGAGGAUGCGGUACCUCUGGUCCCAUCAUCGCCCUCAGCUAAACCAUCAACUUGGCCAGUCUCAACGGGUCCAGGUACUUCUCGGACAGUCACCGAGCAGCUUAAUUUUGUCAACAAAUUUGUAGGAUCAUCCGGCAGCACGCCGACUUCUGGCACCUGCGACGAAGGAAUCGUCGGGGACCUUGACGAUUACCUUGAAGAAAUGCAGCCACGUAAGAAAAAGCGAGAUUUCAAAGAUGAUUCAGAUCGCGAGAGCCCCAUAUUGGAGACAAAGAGCUACGAGUUUGAAACAUUGGAAACAGUAUCAAUGGUGUUCAAAUGCACUUGGCCAGGAUGCCCCGAAAUACGUACAACAUGUCCCCAGAUUGAGAAACACGUUCGUCAGUCACAUCUUCCUCCGAGAAAGAAUCCCGAUGUGGACGAGGCCUUGUCAGAUCAUGAGGAAGAUUUUUAUUUCCAAGAAAUAGCCGUUAAUCACAUGAGCUCACCGCCGACAAUGUCUCACCGCGAUAUGGCGCGACCACCACACGAAGAUCCCGAGUAUCAAAAACAAUUACGUCUUGAAGUAAAACAACCAACAAGUCCAAUUGUAAGUGUUCCAACAUCCACAUCCGUCGCUGGAAAAAUAACUGCCGUCAAAGAACGAUUUUUUAAUUUUAGAAUUUCCCCCAUUCGUUCGCGAUCACCCGCAACGCCAAUAAAAUCAGUGAAACAAUCACGGCAGCUUAAUCAUCACAAUAUAAACAUCGUUGCCGCAGUAACAGCAACUCUCGGAAAAGCUCCAUUGUCUUCAAUGCCACGUCGUGCUCGUGGCGAUACUAAAAAAUGCCGAAAAGUUUACGGAAUGGAAAAUCGGGAGCAAUGGUGCACUCAAUGCAAAUGGAAGAAAGCAUGCAAUAGAUUUAUCGCAAAUGCAUGAGACAGGCCUUCGUCUCAUCUGCGACGCUCGCGUAGAUCAUAAUUAUCAUAAUCAUGAUCAUUAUCAUAAAUUAGCUUAUUUUAUUUCGCUGAAAAGCAUUUUUUUACAGUAAAUUUAUAACCAAACAAAUAUUUAUUUGAGGUUAUCGUACAAAGGAUCGGAUUGUUUUGUUGGCGGGAAUUUUAAACAAACGGAAUGAUGAUUAAGAAACAUAAAAAAAAAAAUAAAUAAAUAAAGACACCAAUGUUUUAAUACUGCCAGAUUAAUAAUAAUAACAAUAAUAAUAAUAAUAUAUUUCUAAAAAAAAUGUGAUCGCGACUUUUAAAUGAAACAAUCGCUUUUUAUAUUUAAA